UCCUAUUUAGAAGGCUGUAAUUUCCUAACGGCCGCAGUUUCUACUCCUGCUAAUAGUUUAUCGCAUUCUUUAUUAUUACUAUGGGGUCCUGAAGCACAAGGAGAUUUGACCCGUUGGUGUCAAUUAGGUGGUCUGUGGACUUUUGUUGCCCUGCAUGGUGCUUUCGGACUAAUAGGUUUCAUGUUACGUCAAUUUGAGCUUGCUCGAUCUGUUCAAUUGCGACCUUAUAAUGCAAUCGCAUUCUCGGGUCCCAUUGCUGUUUUUGUUUCUGUAUUCCUGAUUUAUCCACUAGGACAGUCUGGUUGGUUCUUUGCACCUAGUUUUGGCGUAGCAGCUAUAUUUCGAUUCAUCCUAUUUUUUCAAGGAUUUCAUAAUUGGACACUAAACCCAUUUCAUAUGAUGGGAGUUGCUGGUGUAUUGGGGGCUGCUUUGCUGUGCGCUAUUCAUGGUGCUACCGUCGAAAAUACUUUAUUUGAGGAUGGUGAUGGUGCAAAUACAUUCCGUGCUUUUAACCCAACUCAAGCCGAAGAGACGUAUUCCAUGGUCACCGCUAACCGCUUUUGGUCCCAAAUCUUUGGGGUUGCUUUUUCCAAUAAACGUUGGUUACAUUUCUUUAUGUUCUACCACGUGGAAACGCUCUUUAAUGGAACUUUAGCUGUAGCUGGUCGUGACCAAGAAAGUACCGGUUUUGCUUGGUGGGCCGGAAAUGCCCGACUGAUUAAUUUAUCCGUGUUGGGCUUUGGCGGUAUUUAUCAUGCACUUCUGGGACCCGAGACGCUGGAAGAAUCUUUUCCGUUUUUCGGUUAUGUAUGGAAAGAUAGAAAUAAAAUGACCACAAUUUUGGGUAUUCACUUAAUCUUGUUGGGUCUGGGUGCCUUUCUUCUAGUCCUCAAGGCUCUUUAUUUUGGGGGCGUAUACGAUACUUGGGCUCCAGGAGGGGGAGAUGUAAGAAAAAUUACCAACUUGACCCUUAGCCCAAGUAUCAUAGUUGGGUAUUUAUUAAAAUCUCCCUUUGGAGGGGAAGGGUGGAUUGUUAGUGUGGAUGAUUUAGAAGAUAUAAUGGGGGGACAUGUGUGGUUAGGUUCCGUUUGUAUACUUGGCGGAAUCUGGCAUAUCUUAACUAAACCCUUCGCGUGGGCUCGGCGUGCCCUUGUAUGGUCGGGGGAGGCUUACUUAUCUUAUAGUUUAGGGGCUUUAUCCGUUUUUGGUUUCAUUGCUUGUUGUUUUGUCUGGUUCAAUAAUACCGCCUAUCCUAGCGAGUUUUAUGGACCUACCGGUCCAGAAGCUUCUCAGGCGCAAGCAUUUACUUUUCUAGUUAGAGACCAACGUCUGGGGGCUAAUGUAGGAUCCGCCCAAGGACCUACUGGUUUAGGUAAAUAUCUAAUGCGUUCCCCCACCGGAGAAGUCAUUUUUGGUGGAGAAACUAUGCGUUUUUGGGAUCUGCGUGCCCCUUGGUUAGAACCUCUAAGAGGUCCAAAUGGCUUGGACUUGGAUAGGUUGAAAAAGGACAUACAACCUUGGCAAGAACGGCGUUCUGCAGAAUAUAUGACUCAUGCCCCUUUAGGUUCUUUAAAUUCUGUGGGUGGCGUAGCUACUGAGAUUAAUGCAGUCAAUUAUGUCUCUCCUAGAAGUUGGUUAGCUACCUCUCAUUUUGUUCUAGGAUUCUUCUUCUUCGUAGGUCAUUUGUGGCAUGCGGGAAGGGCUCGUGCAGCUGCAGCAGGAUUUGAAAAAGGAAUUGAUCGCGAUUUUGAACCUGUUCUUUCCAUGACCCCUCUUAAU